AUGCCACCGCGAAAGGAACCAAGGGAAGUUGGAGGAGAUGUUGGUGAGAGUUCUAUCUCCAAUCCCGCGGAGCAAGUUGAAGAGGAUACAUUUCUUAGGGACUUGAUUCCCCCUAAAGGUGUCUUCACACUAAGGGACAAUGUUGAAGCACCUGUUGAAGCGGGUGAAGGCUCAGCUGAGCUGGCAUUGAACUGUUUGCUACAGAGUGCCUUUAGGGCUACAAUUGCUACUCUUCCGCAACCGAUACCACAAGCGGUAGUUCAGGUAAAGGAGACGCCAGCACAGAAGCGUCUCAAGUUGAUUACAGGGUUUUCUAAGUUGAUGCCUGUGAUGUUUGAGGGUGGUGCAGAUCCAAUGGUAGCGGACGACUACAUGGACCAAGCGGAAACCCACUUGACUUCUAUGGAAGUGACGGAUGAUCACUUGAAAAUCAUCCUAGCCACUUACAAGUUUUCAAAGGAUGCUAAGCUUUGGUGGAAAUCAGUCACUAAUCAGCACAAGAUUGAAGAGAUGAGUUGGGAAAUGUUUAAAGAGCUAUUUUAUAAGAAGUAUUUUUGGGUUACCAAGAGGUGGGAGCUAAGGGAACAGUUUAAUGGCCUUAUCCAAGGCAAUAUGUCAGUGACGGAAUACGAGAACAAGUUCAUUUCUCUUUUUUGCUUUGCUCCUGAGUUAGUGAGAAAUGAGGUUAAUAAGACUCGAAAGUUUAUUUUCGAUCUUGAUUACAAAAUGAGGCCGUUGAUAAUGGCACAGUACUUCAAAGUUUAUUUGGAGGCAAUUGAAAGGGCAUUGAUGUUUGAGGCGGAAGCUAAAGACAGAAAUGCAGGAAAGGAACAGUGGAAACAAAAGAGGAAUGCAGGACCAUCUUCAGAGAGACCUUCAUGGAAGAGGAACAGGGGUAGUUCAUCUCAGUUUCAGGGGCAGCAGUCUGCACGAUCUGCUCCUACUACUCCUGUGCCAGCUGGGUCAGAUAAGAGUGGGGUUAUUUGUUAUCAGUGUCAGCAGCCUGGACAUUACAAGUCCAAAUGUCCUAUGAACUUGUCUAGAGCUUGUUAUGGGUGUAACCAGCAAGGCCAUAUGAUUCGGGAUUGUCUGAAUUAG